CCCGCAGUGAUUCCAAAGCAAAGUUCUUCCAACGACUUGGACUGUCGUCUCAGAAGAGUUCUGACAAUCGAUGAAGCAAUCUUAGGACGCGAACGCAUCCUGAUCAGUCCAAACAGUCUGUUGCCUCAAUUGAGAGGCGACCCUAGUGUACAACCACCCUAUUCAAAUGUUCAAAUCUGUGAAUCAGCAGUACACAAUGAGAUUCUGAGGAUCUAUCGCGAGGCAAGUCCUGAGACCAAGCCUGUAUAUGAGAAAGGACAUGAUACAGAGAGCUUCAAUGAAGAGAAUUGGAUUAUAAGAUGGAUGUUGUGUAAGUUUGGUUGCACCUGA